CCGAAGUAGAAGAUAAAUAAACCCGUGGAACAAAGCUUCAAUUCUUUUCGAGCCAAAUAUGGCCACCAUUGUUCCCUUCUCUUCUAGCCUUCCAAACUUCAACUCCCGUCUCCACUCCAUUUAUCAGCCAAUUCCUCGUCACAAACUCUACAGAUUUCGCUGCGCCGGAGAGAACCCAACAACCAAUUCUGACGUCGAGACAGAAUCAGUCCCCGAAAACGCUCUUCUCAAGGUUGCUUGGAACGCCUCCGAGCUUCUGGGAAUCGCCGCUUCCUUUUUCCGAUCGCCGGAGGAUCGAAAUUCUGCCGAACAAGAAGCCUCUGUGCUCGCGAGAGAUGGGUCGGGUCCGGUUGACCGUGCCGUGAUUGUGCAGGCCAUCAAACAGGACUUCGACAGAUCGUACUUCGUCACAGGAAACCUUACACUUGAUGCUUAUGAAGAGGAGUGUGAAUUUGCCGACCCAGCUAGUUCGUUCAAAGGGCUUCUCCGUUUCAAAAGGAACUGCACGAAUUUCGGAUCCCUUUUGGAGAAGUCUGAUAUGAAACUUAUGAAAUGGGAGGACUUUGAGGAUAAGGGAAUUGGGCACUGGAGAUUUAGUUGCAUCCUCUCAUUUCCUUGGAGGCCCAUUCUUUCUGCAAGUGGGUACACAGAAUAUUUUUUGGAUGCAGAGUCUGGAAAAGUAUGCAGGCAUGUCGAGCACUGGAAUGUUCCCAAAAUGGCAUUGCUGAAGCAAAUUUUAAGACCAAGCCGGAAGUUUUGGUCGAAGAGAAGAGGUUGAUUGAAGAAUUUUGUAGGUGAAGCUUGUAGAUAAUUACAAGCUAGGGGUGUGUGUAAGGCCUCGUUCGUUUGCUCGUUUAAGUUUACAUGUUGACCAAAAGAGAUGGAUCGAGUGUGAUAGAAACCAUGCUUAAAAUGGGCAGCCGAGGUGCCAAACUAAUGGACCUUGAAAGUGUAUAUAGCUAUUUGGUGAGGAUGUAAAUAAUAUUAUAAUGUGAAUAUUGAUAGCUAUGGCCUGUUAUUGGCUUGCUGCAUGCCUAAGGGAUAAUUUACAGUUUUUUUAAUCAUUUUUUGGGCGUUGACAUUGUAAUUUGUAUCCGAAAAAGGAUUAAUUAUAAAAAUUUCCCAUAAAUUAUAUCUCUUGUAA